GGAGCAAUAUGGCGGUCGCAAACAUGUAGGAUUCGCGUUUUCUAAAACAUUUUGAUGUCAUCAGUUCUUCUAUUCCGGUCGCCUUCUUUAACACCCAGGGAAGAUGAUUACCACAAGGUGAAAAUAAUAGUCGUGUAACUAUAAAGUUAUUCAUCCAACAAAAGGAAUAAUGACCUCAAUAAUCUUUUGUAGCGGUUGAGCGAAGUCUGGUCUCAAGUCUAGCCGUUUAGAUUCAUUUAAAACUUUUUACCUGCAAGGCUAUGCAUUCACUGCCCUUCUAUGAUUCUUCCUUUCCUUUUUAAUGUUUUUCCUGUUUUAAGACUUAACGAAAGGCAAAUACGCUAUUUAAAAAGUGUUUUAUCAAGGGGUUACUACAAUAGUAUAGGCUAUUAAAAAUAAUAAAGUAAUAAUAAUAAUGAGAAUUAAUAAGUAAUGGUAACAGGACUGAGUGGAGUCCAAUUCGGUCUGUAAUCAUACGAGUGAUUAACAAAAUCGGACGACCGCGUAGCGGGAGUCCGAUUUGUUUAAUCACGAGUAUGAUUACAGACUGAAUUGGACGACACGAAGUUCUGUUACCAAUUAAUCAUAACUUUAACAAAACUUGUGAUACAAUAGGCUAUUUUUUAAACCAAAACGCAAGAAAUUCGAAAUUUUGCUUUGCUAGCAGUGAAAAAAAAAUGCCAUUUAAGCGCAGCGUGAUGGCGCGUACUGUCCAAUUACUUAGGCAUGAUGCGUACUGUCCUAUUUGAACUGUCCAAUUAAGGCUGAAAUCAGGGCAGUUGAGAGCCAAUCAGAUUUGACAAUUUUGUUAUAGUUAUGAUUAUAAUAAUAAUAAUAAUAAUAAUAUAAAUAAUAAUAAAAGAAUAUGAAGCCACUUAUGAGUAUUGCUAGUCCAUCUAUCACUGGGUUACCUUUGGCGAUAUGUUGUAAACCCAUAAUCUUUUUACACAGCUGGGUGAUCAUAGAGACCAUCAGUAUUAUAAAGCAUAAAAAAACUUCAGCAAAUCUUUUUCUUUUCUCUCAGGUCUUGUUGGAUGCUGGUUUUAAGCCAUUCUCUAUCCCCGUACUGUCCUUCAAGUUUGAAAACCAGCAAGAACUUGUGCAAAAACUUGAAAAAUCAGGGGAUUAUGGAGGUACUACAUGACUUUCAAGUAUGCCUGCAAUAAUAGGCCUAUUUAGCAACAGAAUGGGAAAGUCAGUUGACGACGGCCCACACAAAUUAAACAACUGGCUGGACCAAUCGCAGAGUGGCAAAUUGGGCACCGGAAGUAGCAUUUAGUCCUUUCCCUUGUGCCUUCCCGUCGUCAACUGACGUUCCCUUUCUGAUGCUAAAUCAGCCUAUUAUAAUAGGCCCUUUGCAGCUAGCCAUUCACGUGGUGCAAAACCUCCACGCUGGAGAGCAAAAGUCGCACUGGGACAAGACAAGCUAAAGACAUACAUAAUCUGAAAUCAUAAUUUUCUUUGGGGAUCCUGUGCAUGAUUAAGAUACUUGUACAAAUACAGCAAAACAAUGUUAGGAUACCUGAUUCUCUGUGGUGGGCAAAAAUGAAGAACUGAUACCACAGUGGAAAACCUUGGUAACAAGAAGUUGGAGAUCUGCAGCCAAGGAUCAAAAAUUGCUGAAUCAACCCGCAUAAGUCCACAUGAAGUUUUACAGUCGUGAUUGAUUAAUACAGUCUAUCAAUUAUUAGUGAAGAAUAUUAAUGGGGAGGGGAGGGGGUUUGAAUUAAAAGAGAGGGGGGCUUAUUAACUUUCUUUCCCUGAAAGGCAGGGGGGGGGAGACUUACUAGGGAUUUAUGGUAGGUCACUGAUGGCUCAGUGAUUGAUUUAACCCUGGUACUCUAAGUAGCUUUUUUACCCUUUGAAUUUUAUCACUGUGAAUUUUAAUAUUAGUAUUCAGGUUGACUGAACAUAAUGUUUUAGGCAUGAUUCUUACAAGCCAGCGUGCUGUUGAAGCCAUAGAAAAAUGUGUAACAGACAUUAUAUCACAAGAAGGUCAGUGUAGGUUUUCUCACAUUUUAUUAAAAUUAAUAUAAUCAUUAUGGUCACACUUAUAUACUGAGUGAUUCUAUAUUGACAUUAAAUUAUUUCUAAAUUAUAUCCUAGUUUGGAGAACCAAGAUGGCCAAGAUAUGGCAACAAAAGUGCAUUUUUGUGGUAGGAAAAGCUACAAGAAAUGCAGGUAAAUUUUCUAAGACUUAGUAUGUCAUUGAAGAAACUAAAUGUUAUUUUUCUGUCAGUAAAAGAUUCUGGAAGAUAAUAAACAAUAAAAUAAGAAUUCAGUGAAAUGUGUGUUAUAAAGAAAAUUCCAUGUAUAUAUUGUGUGGAGUAUUAUUAAACAGAUUAUGAGUACAAUGUUUAAUAUUUAUAGUCCUUUAUGCUUUUCUUCUCAUUGAUGAGACUGUAAUUUUAAUUUUUUUUAAUUUGUACAGUCAAGUUUCAUUUGUUAAGAAAGAACCCCAAAAAUUCUUAUCCCCUGCUAAUAAAAUGCAUUGUCUAAUUUUUUAAAACUAAUUAUUUGUACCAGGAGUUAGAGUUUAUAAUAAUACUAGCACUGUUUUUUUUUUAAAGCCAGUGACAAGCUUGGACUUGAAAGUUCUGGUUUUGAGGCUGGUAGUGCAGAGUCUCUGGUUCCAAUCAUUCUUCAGGGUAAAAAUUUAAGAUUAAUUUCUUGUAAUGAUAUAUAUCAAUAUUAGUAAUAUUAAUCAAAGGUUAGGGAGUGCGGGCGAGUAUGUUUCAGGCUUCUGAUCGAAGGUCAAAACACUCUUGCUCCAAUGCUGGUGCUUUAUGCAAGUUUCUUGUGAUAGAUGCUCAAAAUGUGCAUGAUCAGAUUACAAGUGACAGAAGGAACAAACGCGCGUGAUCAGAUUGGUUUCUGUACAUUCCAUUCAUUCCUAGUGGGAGUCCAAAUGAAUGCUGCCUUUAAUAUAAUUUUGCAACCUGGAGAUAAGGAUUGCUAGCUCCUCCUGUGACCCACAAUUAUUAUCACAAACAAUUAAAAACCUGUGUGCUAUCCAAAAUAAUAAUUAUUAUCAACACGACUUGUUAACACUCUACCCAUGACAACCACUGUCUUCUGGGUCCACUGGUUAUAAGGUUACCGAAGGGAUACAUACACGUACAGGCAAACCUUGUCGAAGUGUCUCUUCACUUUCUUUCCCUUGGAGUUUAGAGGGGAAGGGACAAAGGGAGAGCCUUGAUGCAAGCUGGGGGGAUAAACUAUAGAAAGGCAACAUUAACAUACUUAGUUUUUGCUACCAAUGUUUUUGAAGCUGUAGAGCCAGGCAGCAACCCACUGUUGUUUCCAUGUGGUAACUUAAGAAGAGAGACAAUACCAGUGGAGAUGGCCAAAGCAGGUAAAGGUUUUGGCAACAAUAAUUUUUAUAAGCCAUAAUUAAGUUGUCUCCAUAAGCUAUCAGAAACCACUAAUUGUACAGUGUGGUAUUAAUAAAUAGCUUUAGCCAGAGCUUAAAGCCAAACUCCCAUCUGUGCAUUUUAAAUUUACUGCAGAUAAUGGACUUAAAAUUAUUAAAAAAAACCACAAAUAAUUAUACUUUUGAGGGGAAAACCAUAUGACUGAAAGACAUGAACUUGAGGCCAUGAUCAAUUAAAAGCUAACAACUGAUCAGCAGAAAACUUCAAAAAAACAUGUGACCUUGAUGAGUUGGCACCUGAGCCGACGAUACGGUCAUGUGACACUGGUCAGUGGAUAACCUGUUUUAGUUGACACCUGUCAAUUGACCAUAACAUGGAUGUCUAUUAUCAGGUGGUGGUGUGGUGCAGUUGGACGGGUAGACGGGCAUAUGGUCACGUAAUUAACAAAAUUUCUUGGAUGGAUAGAUUGUCAAAUUUUCUUAAGUUAAUGGGGCUCCACUCGUGCGCGCAGAGCCGUGCUAUAAAUGCUGUAUGAAUUUUCCCUUGUAACAGAUUUUAGUCUGGUCAAAAAACCUGACAAAAUCUUUGAAAAGGGCUAUGUCAAGCUAUUUGUAUGUUAUAUCUUAAGUUUUUAAGAGGAUAAAAUGUACCUUCGCAGUGACAGAAUUCCAAAUUUUACCUACCUUGAACGUAUUAGCAGUUUUUAAAAAUGUGGUCAGUAUACACCUAGUCAGUGUUUCACACCUAGUCUGCAGUCCUUGUUUUAUACUGACCACAACACUAACCUUACAUUAACCAAUCCACAUUGUAUAUCUAAUAACCUUGCCUUGUCUUUGAUUGUUAUGAACAGGGAUAGUACUUGAUGGUGUGCAGGCAUACACUACCUGUGCUGAUCCAAAGAUAAAGGAAUCUUUGAAAGAUUUUGUUAUGGAAAAGGUAUUACCAAUAAUCAAAGCCUGUAUACCCAGAACAUAAAAAUUAUCACAAGACCCAAAAAAGGGAAGUGCUCCACUACAUGCAAGCUUAAAGGAGGGAUAGUUUUCAUGCAGGGAAAUGGCUGGAGAUGUCUGUAAGUAGGAUGGAAGCUGGGAGGAGGAAUGAGAUCCCUCAAGUCACACCUUUUAUCUUGCACCCAAUAUUUUUUUGUGCUUCCUCUACAUGACAGGCUACAAUAUUGUAAUCAUACGUAAAAUAAUUUAGUAACUGACAGAUAAUUUUACAUAACAUUGUGCCUUUGGAUACCGGGGCAUAAUUUAUAAGCAAGUGAAUGAUGAAACUGAUCCUGUACCCCAGAAAAUGGGGCUUAAGCCUUAUCAAUUUCAAUGCACUUUUCAACCCUUGUCAAGACUGAUGCUGGUGGCUCACAAGACAGUGUCUUUAUAUCUAGGGAUUUCCAUCAUACGCAGUGUUUUUCAGUCCCUCUGGAGUUACGUUUACAGAAGAAAUUUUGUCAGGCUUGUCAGGAUGGCACGAAAAUGUCAAGGUAAAGUAGUGGCCUCUACUUCACUCUAGUUUGUGCAGGAAUUGAAAAUUAUGAUUUGUCAUAAUUUCAAAUUUGUUGCACAUGGAGUUGAAAGACUUCUAGGGGGUGUUAUUAUGUCCCCUUAAAAGUGCAGUAUUUAGAAAGUCAGGGAACAGGGGCUGGCUGUGUCUGUGAAGCUGGAAUGUUUUUAAUUAAAGAACUCCGCAAAGACCAAACUGUAAUUUCUUGGAAUUGGAAGGUCAACAUGCCCCAAGAAAUUGUCACGUGAGAGAUGGAGGGUAACAACACAAUCCUACAAGUAAAAAAAGUAAUUUAUUUUUCAAAUGAACACCUUGCUUCAAAAUUACAGCUGCAGUAAACUUUAACUAGCUAUUAGCCACAUGGCAAUUAUUGAUAUGAACGUGAAGGGUCCAAAAGCAAAUCAUACAGUUGCACACCCCAUAAGAAACCAACCAAAAUGCAAGAAUUGAUGAUCUUUCAUGAUGGGUUUCAGUGUAUGGUGCUUUGACUGAGAAAAUGAUUUUCAUUUCUUUUUUGGAUAUGCAUACAUGAUCCACAUGGAGGUGCAACAAUGUCACUUAUCAAGUAGCGGUAUCUUUCUCUAGUGAAUCUUUACACCCCAAUAUCUACACUCAAAUUCUCUAAACUGAUGUUCAUACCUUUCCCUUAAGAAACAGUUGAGAGAAUUUCAUUAAAGAUCAAAGAAGUUUCCCUUCAGUGAUCAUUUCAUUAAUUCCCAUAACGAAUUCUCUUGAUAUGCGCCAAUAUUGCUGGGAGAAAAUUGAUGUUAAAGGUACAUCACUUUGUUCUAUAGCUUGUUGCAAUUGGAAAGACAACAGCUGAGGCAAUGAAAAGUAAAAGUUGGAAUGUGACAGCAGUGGCGGAGAAGCCGAGUCCACAAGCUUUAGCACAGUGCAUUGCAAACAGCUCAAAAGCCAUGGCAUAAAGCCCAAUGGCAGUGACGUAACAGUAACGUUGGGGAAAAUCAUUCAUGCAACUAAUGUCCUGUCUUCAUACACCAGGCCCCAGUUGUUAAAAAGGUGGAUAAAGUUAUCCACUGGAUAAAUCCCUAUCCAGUGAAUAAUGCAAUUGGUUUCCCCGAUAUUUAUCUGUUGGAUAGUGCUAUGCAACUUUUGAAGAACCGGGGCCAGCAUUACUAGAGACCUUUAAAUUCUAAGACGAGUACGACUACAAGUACGAGAUUUUCUCAACACUAAGUAGUGCAAGCGCGUGAACCAGCGUCAUUAGGGACUUUAAGAACUGACAACGCGGUGGUCUGGAAAACGCGAGGACCGAGAGUGGGGCUGGGGCGAGCACCGCGUACUAAGCGCGGGAAAUAUGUAGUUAAGAUCAAGAACGCGAUCAUUUAGACUAGUCAUCGUCUGCAAAACAGUAAAACGCUUUUCACCUUUCCCUACAAGAAUGACUCAAAACUCAUUUAAGACUUUACAGGAAGUUUUGCUCCUUAGUCUGGAAAAAAAGCUAAUAGAUGACGAAGAAUUUGCCGUGCUGUAUGAAGAAUUCACUCCACAAAACCUUCCGUUUCGCCACUGGGAUUACGAAAAAUUUUCCCUCGAAAACAAAGACCCAGCAGAGUGUAAGGCAGACUUCAGAUUUGAAAAGAGUGACAUCUCAUUGCUGGUGCAUGUUUUACAGAUGCCUGAUACCUUCACAUGUCCGAAUGGUACCGUUUGUGAUUCAACAGAAGGACUUUGUGUUAUACUAAAGCGCUUUAGCUAUCCAUGUAGGUUGUCUGAUAUGAUUUCUACUUUUGGUCGAUCAGUACCCGAGCUCAGCAUGAUUAGUAAUGAAGUCACUGAAUGGAUGUACAAUGUUCAUGGCCAUAGGAUUACCGAAUGGAAUCAUUUCAUUAUGUCUCCUAACCUACUGCAAACGUACUCUGAAGCAAUUCAUGACAAAGGUGCCGCCUUGGAAAACUGUUUCGGCUUUGUUGAUGGAACGGUUCGUCCCAUAUCAAAACCAGGAGUCAAUCAGAGAGCUGUUUACAAUGGCCACAAGCGCGUUCACGCCCUUAAAUUUCAAUCCUUGGCCCUACCAAAUGGAUUGAUUGGCCAUCUGUUUGGACCAGUAGGUAAGGGUAUAUUAAUUCAUUUUUUAUGUUUUUACUUGGAGAGACAUUUUUAUCACUUAUGUGAACUUAAAAGUUAGAUUGAUUUUUUUUUUUCAUAAUGUUAAUCUGACGUUUCUUGAUGACUCCCUCCUGGUCUCUCAAAUCAGAGGUAUUUUCAGUAGCUCCCACUUUCAAUUGUUAUUAGAGGAAAUGGUUGUCCUGUCACCACAGACAAAUAAAUUAUAAAUAAUUUUCUGACUUAUAGGCCAUAAGUACCUGGACUGUAAGAAUAAUAGCCAGCGAAUCCUAUGUUUUUUGCCUACUCAAUUACUAAGGUAAUCAAUGGUCUAUAUAGGUAACAGUUUGUCAGUCAGCCAAUGUGUGACUGAUUGUGGUUCAAAAUUAAUUUUUUUGGCUCUUGUUCAGAGGGACGAAUGCAUGAUGCGAGAAUGCUGGACACAUCUGGCCUCUAUGUUGACCUGGCACAGUUCGCCUUUUCCCCUGCUGGACAGGAGAUGUGUAUCUACGGGGAUCCGGCAUAUCCUCUACGUACCCAUCUGCAGUGCCCCUUCAGAAAUGGGGUGUUAACAAGACAAAUGGAAGAGUUUAAUGCAUCUAUGAGUUCUGUACGUACAAGUGUGGAAUGGUUGUUUGGAGACCUUAUAAAUUAUUUCAAGUUUCUCGAUUACAAAAAGAAUCUCAAAAUUGGCCUUAGCCAUGUAGGAAAAAUGUACAUUGUUUGUGCACUUUUGCGGAAUGCUUUAACAUGUCUCUACCGCAAUACGACUGCUGACUACUUUGGCCUUGACCCACCAUCACUAGUCGAUUACUUUAGCUAAAAUACUGUAAAAAAAACACCUGUCAAUGCCUAAGUUUACAUAAAAUCUUGCAUAAAAUCCUGAUUGAACAGUUCUUGUGUGUUAUUUGCAGGGAUUGUAACAACAAGCAGAUCUAAACAAAGGGGUGGCAAAUAAUGCUCUGAGUUCAACAUUUUGUAAAAAUGUAAAUCUUAAACGUAUAAACAUCUAGAAAUAGAAAUUUAACAUCUACUUGUUAAGCAUUUUACUCAUGACGCCCAUGACCUGCUGCAUCAUGAGCAUUUGUUGCUGCUGGGACUGUUGCUGUUGUUGCUGAAACUGCUGCUGUUGCUGUUGAUUUUGCAGUUGUUGCUGGUGCAUUAGCUUCAGCAUAUCAGCCUGUUGUUGUUGGACUUUAAGUUGUUGUUCCUGUCUUCCCUUUUCCAGCUUUAGUUCCUUUUCUCUAAUUUCUGCACUCUGCUGUGCUCUUUCCUUUAGAAACUCCAUGGCAUCUCCAGUUUUUCUUCUUGUUCGUUUUGGUUUGUCCUCACCCUCUUCGGCUUCCUCUCUCGCCCUUUUUUUGGUUUGGGAAAGCCUUUCCAUAGGUUUCAUUCUUACACCUUCUGCUUUAGCUUUGUCAGCUUUAUCCUUACUACAUGUAUCUGUGGGAGCACUCUCUUCAAGUGCAAUAAUUUGCUGUAUUAGCUCAUCUAGUUCACUUGGCUCAUCUGGGGAUAUUCCUGACGCUCUUUCUUCAGCUCUAAUUUUUUUUUUGUACUUGUUUACCAAGACAUUGAUGUGGUCCCGGAUGGCUCUCUGGUCAACGUUAAAUUGCGGAGAAGCACAUUUGUUUAGAACAUCUACAAUUUUCUUCCAAGUUUCACUGCGCUGGGGAGACCCCUUUUGUAUAAGUAGGGAUUUUCAAACACUACUUCUCUGCACAGUAUAAUAUUGUGCUGUUCAGUCCAGUACAUAACAUUGCUGUGUGAAAACAAAAACAAAGAGAAUAUUAGAAUAAAAUUCACUCCAAAAAAACCCUUUCUUUUGAAUUGAAACUAAAUGCUGUUGUCAAUCUUACAGCUAAUUUUAUGCUUGUUCAAAAAAGUGAGAUUUUUUCUUUAAUGACGUUUAAAGCUCACAAAUUUAAAAAGCGGCCUUGCUGAGGGAAAGAGACCUCACCCAUAACUUACACUUUUACGAAUAACAGCAGUGGAAUAAUGCAUUCAAAGCCUAACGUUGAUAAUUUAAAAGAUUCACAUUAUCAAAACUUCAAAUGAGAUAGGCAACAUCAUCUAACUUCAAAUACAAUCUCUCUUUAGUUCUAAUUUUUCUUGGUUUGUUUUCGCUUCAGAGUAUUAUCUAAAACAUGGCUCAUUAGUAACAAUUUCAAAGAAAUAAAUAAAUGGACAUAACACAAUAGCAGAAAUGUCAGAGUCUUAGCUUUUGAAAUGCUACGCUUUAUGACAGUAGUCAAGGUAAUGAACUUAUGUUUCCUCUUAUAGUGGGCGAUUUUUGAAAGUUAGCUUUAGUAAGCUUUCUUUAGUUGAGUUUUAAUCACACUCAAUAUCAGGAAACGCAAUUUCAGAUCAUCAUGAAAUAUCAAGCCUGGAUCUAGUAGAGACUCAACUAGAAAAACGGAAUAGUCUUAGCUAAAUUAUUUAUGAAGCUAAAAUCGGUCAUCAGUUGAUGGAACAACCGAUAAAGUUUUAUUCUGAUAUUUCACAUCGGAGCUCGUUGGAUUAGUCAAAAACAGAAAGAAGACCAAGUAGAAUGCUAGGACGCCUGACAACUAAAUUGUAUCAAGCAUGAGAAUAGCCGCAUGAAUGUAGUGAUAAUUUCCCUCGACUGUGAAGGAAAAUGAGAUUUUGGGAAACAUUUCAAGGAUAAUUAGAUGACUUACUUUGAAGAUCUGCUCGACGCCAUGUGCUUGCUCACCUGGAGGGAACAAAACGUUUUAAACUAUUCAACUUUGGUCCUUUUCGUUUCAAAAAUGAUGCCUAACCUUUGAAGAAGCAAUAAAUUUUAAAUUCCAAUUGACAGAAUAGUUGUGAUAGACUGGUAAUUAUAGUGAUUUGCUUUAAGUAACAAGGCUAAAUACUCACGUUUUCCAGACGACGCCAAAUCUCUUCAGGCCGCGUUCUCGAGAGCGGGAGAAAACGCUAAGCGCAUGCGCUCUUCAUCCGAAACUGGAAAAGUCACUUCCGGUCGCGUCUCCUACUCACCGCGUCCUGGGUUCUUAAAGUCCCUAUUUUGGCGGGAAAACGCGGUAGCCGUCGUCAUUCUACUACGAGUUUUAGCGCGAAUGUCGUGGUGGCGAAAACAAGUUAUCAAAUGUUAGAAGUUUUAUCAUUUUGCGAUGGGGAAAGCGCGUAACCUCCUUCACUUAAGGUAACAGUGCUAACUUUUCUAGUGAAAAACGGUAAAAUGAAGCUUUUCGGGAAGUCUAUAUUUUGAGAAUACGCGAAAAAACUUCAAGUCAAAUCUCGUACUCGUAGUCAUUCUCGUCCUCGAAUCUAAAGGUCUCUACUAACAAAAAGCACUGUCAGGCCAGCUGUGUUCUAUAAGUACACUUUUGCCUUGGGUAACUUGAAAGUCCAACUACAAAAGCACUUCCAAAGUGUUUUUUUCAUUCUCCAAAAGACCACACUUGGAGGCCCA